GAUCUGACAGUUUGUGUGAUGCGCGUUCUUUCUGUCACUCCACUCGUUGUUCUUUCUUCGUCUGUCUGUGUUAAGGUGCUUGUUACCUCUUAAAUGGCGAUUGUGCAUUAAGCUGUGCCGCUGCUGCAUAAUUUUGACGGUAAUCUGCUAAUAUACGGAAUACGACGGUAAAUCUCCGGUCGAAUAUCGAACGCGUUUGAAGCGGAGGGCAAAAUCUGCUGCACAAGCUCCAAACAAAAAACAAACAUGUCGGUCGCUUACUCCCAGCAGCAACAAUCUCAACAGCCACCGAAUCCGGGCAACCGGGGUGGUCCCGGUGGGCCAAUGAACCGUGGCCAGGGACCGCCGCCCAGUCCGAUGCACAUCCAGAAAAUCCUGGACGAGAACGCCGGCCUGAUCCAGACCAUCCAGGACUUUCAGAACAUGGGCAAAGCGCACGAGUGCAUGUCGUACCAUGUAGCGCUGCACCGGAAUCUGGUCUACCUGGCCAACCUGGCCGAUCCGCAGCAUAACAUCCAGGCCUUGCUACCGCCUCCUCAUGUACUUCAACACGGAAGUGGUCCUCCAAUGCACGGAGUUCCUCCGGGUGCCGCUGCACCAGGGCCAAUGCCCGGACACGAAGGAGAUCCAACGCAUGGACCCCAAGCUCAAACACCUGGGCCGAAUCAAUCCGCCGCUCCUGGGGGUGCCCCUCCUGGUGGAGUAGAACAGCCUCCGUCAUCGGUUCCGAAUGCUCAGCCACCAUCUCAACCACCCACUAGCCAGUCUCAUCCGCCGCCGCCCAAUCAACAACCGGUGGGUAGCUACCGUGGAGGUCCGCAAGCGCCUCCACCGACAUCUUCUGCUGGACAAACUGCUUCCAACCAGGGUCCUCCGGUUCCAGGACAACCGGGAAGACCUGGUGUGCCACCACAGCAAGCUCCAAUGCCUCAACAGAAUCAAGGCUAUCCGCCACAACGUGGUCCCUAUCAGCAGCAUGGACAUUAUCCCGGUUAUCCUCCACCAAACCAACCCUACCAAGGUCAACCGGGAUACCCUCCGUAUGGACCACCGAAUCCUGCUCAGGGCUAUCCACCUAAUGCUCCACAGUCUUAUCAUCACGGCGGAAUGCCACCAACCACUUCUGGAUCAGGCCCUCCACAAGGAUCUCCAUACCCGAGCGCGGGACCACCUCAAGGACCGCAAGGUGGACCUCAACAGGGAAGCUACCAACAAGGACCUCCAAAUGCUCCAGCAUCACAACCGCAAAUGUACGGUCCACCCGGACAGUAUCCACCACAGCCAGCAGGAGGACCUCCAAUGCCACAUGCAUACCCAGGCUAUGGCAGCCCGACUCCUCCGAAUGCCUACGGUCAACCACCUUCGGGAUAUCCACCAGCAGGUGGUCAGCCAAGCUAUCCUCCACCACAGCAACAGUAUCCUUCCAGCUAUCCUUCAAGCCAACCUGUUCCACAUGGUCCUCCAACACCUUCUAUUCCAACCAGUGCUCCAAGUCAGCCAACUCCUCCAGCAAGUGCUCCAUCAACUCAGUCAAGCGGCGCUCCUACUUACACCAAUCAGUCCAGUCCAGCACCAGGUCAAACGUCUUCACCCAGUCCAAGCUCAAAUGCCCCACCAGCUAGCGUUUCGCACUCGCCAAUGCCUCCGACAACUUCAACCGGCUACGCCACGGCAGGUCCUGGAGCUCCUGGUCCCGUACCUCCUCAAGCUUACACAUCUCCACCAGCUGGACAACAUCCUCCACAAGGCAGCUACCCACAGCCUCAAGCUCCUGGUCAGCAGCCUCCUGGUCCACCCCAGUCCUACAGCGCCACUCCACCAUCCACUCAGCACCAGCAGCCACCAGGCAGUUAUCCUCAGGCCGCUCCCGGAGGACCACAAGGACAAGGACCACCACCAGGCCCAGCCCCGUAUCCGCCUCAUGGCUACCAUCAGCAAGGCUACUCUCCGAUUCCACCACCCCAAGGUCAGUACCAGCAGGCGGCCCAAGGUUAUCAGUAUCAGCGCCCUCCCGGUGGCCAAAUGCCUCCACCAGGACCACAGGGACCUCCACCCCAGGGAGCCUACGGGUACGGUUACGGACAACCUCCGCAGUAGGCAUAGGGCGCGCGCUGCCGCAAGAUCAUCGGUCCGAGAAUCUCAGAUCAACGGAAUGGGGCCGCUUCUCAACUCUCUAGCAAGAGCCUACACAACGAACAAGCCAGCAGAGCCACCGGUGGUCACACGGAUGAUGGACACAAGCCCGAUGGAGAAGCUGAUUUUCACCGAGAAGGUAGUAAAACGUUUAUUUUUAUGAGUUUUUUUUUUUGCUUUUUUUUAUCCUUUACAAAGACGACGUUGAGCGGAAAUCUCCAACCUGUAUUCCAAAUUGUAGACCACCCUAGUGUUUAGGUAAGCAAGUUUCACCCUAUCGAUAUUUCAUGUAGUAGUAUCGUAUAAGCAGAUUGAUGUGUAAUGUUGGAUUCCAUAUGGUUAUAGCUACUUUGUGCAUGGAACAAAAAAAAAAAUGUAUUUUGAGAAUCUAAUAAAAGUCAGUUACGAAACUGGAAA